UCAUUGUCACUGUCACUGUCAGCUCAAGCGUGACGGCCUGCAGGGCAGCGGCCACCAGUCUUCUCGUCUCACCUUCCGGGGCUGUGGGGUGGCUAGGUGGCGCUGUGUGUCACAACUGUUUUCAUGUGUUGGCAGAAAGGAAGUGCCUGUGUCGGGAGGAAAGACGAUGACGGACGGCAAGAAGAAGCAGGGGGAGAUGGCAGUGAUGGGGGAUGUGGUCAUCCUCCUGUGCAUUCUGCUAUCAGUUGGCUCCCAGCUGGUGGGGAUGCUGGUGCCGGGCUGGUGGGUCUACCCGGCCAACGACAGUGGCUCCAUCAACGCCAGCACCACGACCUACGGCUUGUGGGUGACGGUCAUUUGCGUGGAGGGCGACUGCAACGAGAUUCCUACAGACACAUCAGGAUCAAACGCCUGGCUGCAAGUAACUCAGGUGUUUGAGAGUGUGGCCGUUGGCUUCUGCCUGCUGGCGGCAGCCUGUCUCGUGUGA